AUACCCACUGCUCUGCCGCAGCCCCCGACUGACCGACCGACCGACCCGACCUCCAUCCCGACUCACAGCGACAAUGUCCUCACAUUGGGGAUAUGAUGUGGACAACGGUCCCUCCUCUUGGCACCAGAGCUUCCCUGUGGCCAAGGACGGCAGCCGCCAGUCACCCGUCGACAUCCGAAAUGAGGAGACCGAGCGCGACCCGACUCUGCAGCCCCUGGUGUUGAAGUACGACCCCCGCAGCUCCAAGACCAUCGCCAACAACGGGCACUCGAUCCAAGUGGACUUCGAUGAUACCACGGAUCAGUCCGUGCUGAAGGGUGGCCCUGUGACUGGAUCUUACAGGCUGCGUCAGUUCCAUUUUCACUGGGGCUCUUGUGAUGGUCGUGGCUCUGAACAUUUAGUUGAUGGAGCAUCAUUUGCUGCAGAACUUCAUCUGGUGCACUGGAACUCUGAAAAGUAUGCGGAUGUCGCCAACGCUGCCAUCGAACCGGAUGGUUUGGCUGUUGUUGGUGUUUUCCUGAAGAUAGGAGCUGCCAAUCCGGCCUUGCAGAAGUUGCUUGAUGCUUUUGAUUCUGUUCAAAAAGAGAAUACCAAAGCUGACUUCAAGAACUUUGAUCCCUCCACCCUGCUGCCUCCGUGUCUAGAUUUUUGGACGUACCUGGGAUCUUUGACCACUCCACCUCUGCUAGAGAGUGUCAUCUGGCAUGUCCUGAAGGAGCCCAUCACUGUCAGCUCAGGACAGAUGGAACAGUUCCGGAGCUUGAAGUUCACAGCUAACAAACCCAUGCAGGACAACUUUCGCCCUCCUCAGCCUCUGAAGGGCAGGAAAGUACGAAGGAAUUUCUAAGAAUUGAACGAAAGUCUAGUUAUUGCCUCCCAGAAUUGCCCUUUAUCUGACGAAAGCACCAAUAACCCUCCCCACUCGCCUCACCCUUUCUCAUGGACAUUUAGAUCACAACCAGCAAAUAAAAAGUUCCAAGCACAAAGUAAACCUCGCUGUCCACUGCAAGGGAAAGUCUGAGCAGCUACAAGAUUCUUAAUGGUGUCUUUGAGCCUUGCUGAUCAGUGAAAUCUGAAGUAAAUGUUUGCCCGUUGUGGAAAACAAAACGCCUCAAAAGCAGACUGACUUAGUAAAGGGCUGUUCCAUAGCACAAAACGUGGUCCAAGGUUAAUUAUAUUCUAGGUUGUUUUUCAGUAAAGAGAGAUGUGAAUUAGUCUUUAAAUAUUGCAGUUGAUUUAAGUUCAAGGAAGAUUAUUCUAACUGAGCAAUAAUUGUUUAUUGUACUUGUAUUUGGAAUUCUUGUUAACCAAUGUAAUAAAGUGUAAGCCAUACAAUUU